CCGAGCUAAACAAACAGUGGAUGAGUCAAGUGUUUGGUUGUGUUUCAUACUUAGAGAUAUGAUAAAUUUGAUCACCUAUUUUCUACGUUCUGUACAUUAAUUUUAACGAUGCUUCUGCUGUACACUCUAGUCUGUACACCACCCAGUUAAAAGGACAUCUAUACUCAAAGUGACUCAGAGUGUGAUUGCAUUCAGAAUGGAUUUAAGUUUGACUCCUUCCAUUGAAGAUGUCCAGGCUUUCCUCUGCUGCUCUCAAAGCAAUAACAAACCUCCAUACCAGACACCUCUGGCAUUCCUGAUGGGGCAGGUGUUGGGCUCGGUGCAGGAACAGUCAGCGGCUCAGGCUGCUGUUGGCUCACUGCUCUACUCCGCCAUGUUGAAAGCUGGGGCUCUGCCUGAUGUGGCCAUUGAUCACACCCUACUAAGUAACCCAGAGAGCCUUGACUCCAGGGCCCGCCUCCAGGACCACCUCCGCCAGCUGCAGGGGCAUGUGGGUAACCGGGCACCCACCUAUCUGAAGGAGCUGAUCAGCCGCCUGGUCGCUUUCUCUGACGAGCCCAAGUUAGCAGCCCUGGUGGGCUUGGUGAUCUCCAUGGUGGCGGAGACGGCAUAUGCCUCUUCCAGGGGGUCGGCGGGGUCGGGGGGAUGCCAAAUCGAAAAAUGCAGGGCGGAGCUCCAGGACAUUAUGGAGGAAUAUCUAAAGCGCUGCCGGAUGCACUUGAAUGACGAGCAGAAGCUUAAAGAAGACACCCAGCGCCUGGAGGGCCAGCUGAGCUACCUACUGACCCAGCUGAAGAAUGUCAUGCUCAGGGAGGGCCCCAGUUCAAAGGGCCUGAAACACUGGGCCAGCGGAGCUGCCUUCCACACCCAGAUGCUGCUGCACCUGACCAGGCUAGAGCAGAGAGGGGACCCCCUGGUCGUCCAGGCAGCUAUGGAGCAGUAUCAGGAGGACUUUAAAGAGAUUUUACCGGUGUACAAACAGUACAAAGCCAGUACGGUGACGGUGAUAAAGUGUAGGGGGGGGCUACGGCCUGGGGAGGAUCCUCUGAGUGAAGGGAGUGUGACCGGGUUCACUCUGGUAGACAGGGAGUUAGGGAGGAGUGUGAGAGUACCACUACCCGAGGAUGCCCCAUUUGGCAUUGACCUGAUUCCUUCAGAUGUCUGUGCUCAGGCCUAUUUAGAGCACCUGUUCUCUCAUCAGGGCCCUAUAGCAGAGCUGGAGAGGUACUUUAUCAACAGCACAGAGACUCUAAGCCAGAAAUUAAUGCUACGAGAGCCAACUGACCCCAACGAGAGGCUGAGCGUAGUGGAAACAGAACCCUUAGAAAGAAGAGAGAACCUGAACACUACUACAGCAAAUGUCGACUUUCAGGCACAACUAGACAAGAGGACUAUAUAAAUCCACAGAACUAUUGAAAACAAUUUAUAUUUGUUAUUCCUGUUUGAUGUUUAAAAACCAUCCGUUAUGCGGUGGUGUUAAAUAAAAAUAAUAAUUUUC